UCAUCACAUUGUAAACAGUUUGCACGCGGCUUCGUUUUAUGCUGGGGUUGGCCACUGGGCUGCUUAGUGUGCGUCAGUGUCGCUGUCGAUGAUAGACAGCGAAGGCCAAGAUACACGAGGAUAAUGUCUGCAGUCUUACGAAAAGCAUCGAAAAGUGUGACACGCGGCAACUUGUCCUCUAACGUUGUAAUUCGUGUGCGCCAAACGCAAAGCCUUGCUUAAGAAUAAGUGCUCUUAGCCCAAAGCACGUGAUGACAAGUGAUAAACCACCAGGCGCUGAAUUCGUAAUCGGAGCCGCUGCCGCCGUUGGUGCUGGUUUCUUCACAAACCCCAUCGACGUCGUUAAGAUCCGGCUGCAGCUCCAAGGUGAACUGGAGGCUCGGGGUUCUUAUCGCAAGGUCUAUCGCAACACCUUCCACGCGGCAUACUUAAUCGCCCGGCACGAGGGUCUUUUCGCUCUACAAUCGGGGAUCGUGCCGGCUUUAGGUUUUCAGGUGGUACUCAAUGGUACGCGAUUGGGUUCUUACAACUUGGCUAAAAGAUAUCAAUUGACUUUAAAUGACGAUGGAGAAACGAAUAUCUUGAGAACUGUGUUAGUCUCAGGAGUCGCUGGCAGCAUUGGUGCUAUUAUUGGAAGCCCUUUGUAUUUGGUGAAGACCCAGCUUCAAGCUCAGUCGGCCCAAACAAUAGCAGUGGGACAUCAGCAUAACCAUGGUGGUACGAUAUCAGCUUUAAAAUUAUUGUGGCAAAAUGGCGGUUUUUUGGGUCUCUAUCGCGGUUGGUACGCAAACAUCCCUCGAGUCUUCGUUGGUUCGGCAACACAACUUACUUGCUUUGGACUGUUUUCCGAUUGGCUCAGACCUAUGGAGAUAUAUAAUGGAAAGCCAAUAUUAUUGACUUUUGUGGCAUCUUUACUUGGGGGAAGUUGUGUAGCAAUAACUAUGCAACCAUUCGAUGUUUUAGCAACACGUUUAUAUAAUCAAGGGACGGAUGUAAAAGGUAAUGGUGUUUUAUACAAUGGACUUUUCGAUGCAUUAUACAAGAUAUUUAAAACCGAAGGUAUUUUUGGACUUUACAAAGGGGUUUUUCCAACAUGGUUAAGAAUAGCUCCGCAUACGAUUCUUUGUUUGGUAUUUUAUGAAAAGAUCGCAAGAAUCUAUAAUGAUUUAGGAAAUUAAUGCUUCGCUA